CGGGGCUUCAUGCAUGGUAGGUGAGCACUCUUAACGUGAAGCCACAUUCCCAGCCUGGUAAGUCUGUUUUAAAUGUCUUGUGUCAUAAGCCAUCUUAACCACUUCACAAUAUAUGUUUGUAAGUUUCACAGUGUAUAAGUCAGAUAAUGCCAUUCUUGGUCCAAAAGGAGGAAUGUGUGAAUUACUGGAAUAAAUGCUACUAGUUGGUCAUGCUAUAGGCCACUGUAAAAUCAGGCAAUUUGGGCUUAUAGUCUACAUCUACCUCUUCCUAUUUAUAAAAUACAGAUAAAACCUAUCUCACAGGACUAAAAAGGUUAGAUAAUAUAACAAGUGUCAUCUGCCUGUUACUGGUUAAAUGCUCAGUAAGAGUCUCCUUCCUAAACUGGGCAGUUUCAAAAAGAGUUGAUCCCACAAGACUGAAAUACAGCAGCAAUGGGGGGUGGGGUGGAAUAGGUAGUCAUGUAAGACCCCUACCAAGAGGAAGUUUAAAUGCUGAGGCAUAAGCACAGGGCAUGGGCUGCCCUAAAUACCAUUAUUUUACUACUCAGGUUGCCAAGCAUCUCAUAGCUUUGUUGUUAUAAGGUGAUAUAUUUUGGGAGAUGUCAUGAUCUGAUGGUAGAGUGAGUACUCUGCAGUCUGCCUAGUUUGGAUUCUGUAUACCUUAGCUGUGUGACCUUGAGCAAACCACCCAAUCUCUUAAGUUUCAUCAUUUAUAAUGUGGGCAUAAUUAUACUUUUCCAAAUAUGGUGGAAGGUUGACUGAAAUGAUUUAUGCAAAGCCCUGGCAUAGCCUAGUACAUGGUAGGCUCUCCUUUUAGAUACUAGUAGUAUUCUCUCUCACACCAAGGCAUGUUGGUAUCAGCCUCCAUAGCUAGUUAUGGAGCCCCAAAAAUAAGGCCUCCUCCUUCCUGACUCCUCUCAGGAAAGAGAUGCUUUCAUCAUUUUCUCUUCCCUUUUGAAAGGAUAAUGCUUUCCUGGUGAGCGCCUGAGGACAGAGCUUUGUCCACCAUGAAUGUCACUCCGAUGGUCAAGAGUCAUGGGAUGAAGUUUGCCGAGGAGCAGCUGCUCAAGCAUGGAUGGACUCAAGGCAAAGGCCUGGGCCGGAAGGAGAAUGGCAUUACUCAGGCCCUCAAAGUGACCCUGAAGCAAGACACUCAUGGGGUAGGGCACGACCCUGCUAAGGAGUUCACAAACCACUGGUGGAAUGAACUCUUCAACAAGACAGCAGCCAAUUUGGUAGUAGAAACUGGACAGGAUGGAGUACAGAUAAAGCGCCUUUCUGAAGAGACUGCUAAUCGAAAGUGCUCCAAACCCAAUUUACUGUACCAGAAGUUUGUGAAGACAGCCACACUGACUUCAGGUGGAGAGAAACCAGACAAAGACGUGGAGAGCAGCAGUGAUGAAGAUAACCAGGGACCCAUACCUCCAAAGAUUCUGACAGAUGAAAUGCUGCUCCAAGCCUGUGAGGGGCGAACAGCACACAAGGCUGCCCGUCUUGGGAUUACAAUGAAGGCCAAGCUUGCUCGGCUAGAAGCCCAGGAGCAGGCCUUCUUGGCUCGUCUUAAAGGCCAGGACACUGGGGGCUACUCUCAACCACAGACUGAGAGCAAACCUACCCCAAAAAAGAAAAAAAAAAAGAAGCAGAAAGGUGAAGAAACUAUAGCAACUGAAGAUUCAGGUGAAGAGUACCUUGAACAAAUCAACCAGAGCUUCAGGAAGAGCAAGAAGAAGAAGAAACAACAUCAAGAACAAUUCUUAGAGGAAGGAGAAGGAAUAACAGUAGGGUAUGAGGAGGAAGAGGCUGAAGGAACAAGUGGGCUUGAGAAACUGAAGAGCAGAGAACAAUCCAAUGGGUUCCUCAGGAAAAAGAAGAAAAAGAAGAGGCAACACCGUGUAGAGGAGGAAAUGGUAGUCUUCAAUGAUGGAGAAAGAGGUGAGGAGGCUGCAGACAGUGUCAGUACAGAAGAGGUAGAGAGCAGCACACACACUGACGUGUACAUCAAAAGCAAAAAGAAGAGCCAUGGUAAGCAAGAGGACUUGAACACAGAGGAGGAAGGAGGGCUGGAGACUGCUUUAGAUGACAGGACUAGGGAAGCAGAAAGAGCUAGAAGUGAUGGUAGAAGCAAGAAAAGCAAGAAGAAAAGAAGAAAGCAAGAGGAAGAGCAGGAGGAAGUUUUGGGCAUAAAUCAUGAAGAUGAGGAUGAUAGAACUAACAAAGUAAAGAGCAGAGGUAAAAGACAGUGGUCACUUCUAGAGGAAGAGAGAGCUAGAGUCAACAGCGACCAGAGGGUCAAAAAGAAAAAACUCAAAGAGAGAGACUGAAAGUCCAGUCAAGGUGGGGCUCAAUCAGUUACUUUCCAAUUGUACCUCCAGAGAAAGCUGGGUUGAAGAAGGACUUCUGACACCCAUCUCAUUUCCCAAAGAGUUAUCUGAAUUCUGGAACUCGCAGUCUGCUGAGAAGACCAAAGUGCUGUACCUUUGCUGAGAAGUUCUGUUCUUAGCAUAUCCCUUAACAAAGAGCCAGGAAGCUAAAAGACAAGGCGUGCUGGGGGCUGUGGGAAGAAUACAGAUAGGGGUAUAUGCAUAUGCAGGAACACCCAUGUUAAAGAAGCUGGAAAUA